CUAGGUCAACGCGAUUUAUUUUCUUUUCGGAUUUAAUAGUCUCAUUUCGGGUUUUGCACAUGUUUCCGGUUUCGUUUGAAUUAGGUUGUAUACCACUAAAUGAUUACAAUGCACAAACAAUGCUAGUGCAAUAUAUCAUUAUAUGGUGAAAGCAGUGAUUCAAGUACAUGUAUCAUUACUCAUGUCAUUGUGUAUUUAGUUUAAAUAUACGAAGUAUACUGGGUGAAAUUUAGACAUAGAGAUGAUGAUGGUGCUAUGAAUACUGCUACAGAAAAAGACUUGCCACCAAUGAGUCCACAAAGGGAAACAGAGGCUGUGCCUCAAAGCAGUAAGGACAGUGAGGAUAUUGAUAAUCAGUCCAACCAAACAAGCCAUGUUGAAGAAACUAGUUCCAACAGAGAUAUAUUUACAGAGAGGAAAGCUAUCUGUGUGCAUACAGAAAUUCUUAACUUGGCAAAUCUAAGGAUAAAGAGAAUUUGUUCACAGAAGUUUUGUAAUAAGCCAGUAUCUGUGGCAGCAAAGUACAUAGGAACAUCAGUCCAGUUAAAAUGGACGUGUUCCAACAAUCAUCAUGUACAUACCUGGAACUCUCAGCCAGACAUCAACAAUAUCCCACCCAUGGAUGUAUUGCUCACCUGUCUUCUCCCAGCGUCAGACUACCCAGCUGUAAAUAUCACAUUUAGAAGGAUUGGUAUAGAAAUAAUGCCACCUGCUACAUGUAUGUUAUAUAGGGCUGGAGAGGAUAUUACCGGGACUACAGACAGUUAUAAUACAAGCGUGAAAAUGGAGCCAGGAUGUCACAAUAUGAACAUUGAUACACAACAAGAAUAUCUCUCAGUAACUGGAGAUGGAAAUGUAAAAACUGAAAAUGACGAUUAUAAUGAUGAGACUGACACCUCUGUGGACAUCAUGUAUGGUGAUGGGGAGGUAAAGAUGGAAGUACUACAUGAUGUAGAAGAGGCUGGUGGUAUCAGUGAUUCAGAAACAGAUUCAGCAACUGAUGAAGAGUUUACAGAGGUGCUUAAUCAGCUGAAUAAUGCCAGAAAUCUCUUGAAAAUACCAGAAGUCGGUGACAGCCAUUCACAGGAUUGUGUUAUUAAAAGUGCAAGAAUGAGGAAAAAGGGCUUCAGACCUAAUUAUGCUGCAUUAGAAUGGAAAGGUGAGACAGAAAUUGAAGAAAAUUUGAAGUCUAAAAUGUCCAAAGUUGUUCGAGGUACAAAAUAUGUGAGAAAAAACAAAAAAGAUCCCGACUUUGAUAUUUCAUUUGCAGCUGAUUAUGAUGGAAGUGAUGGGGACGAAAGUGGGGAUGAUGUACAUGUAAUUGACACUAAAAUAACUGAAGGAAACAAGAGUGUUGCUGAACCUAACACUGAUGAACAGUCUAAAAAGAUUCCAAAAAAGCGCAAAUAUGAAACAAGAAAAGAGGGAAUGAAAAAGAAAUCUACUACAAAGAAACAAAAGAAGGUGGUAGAAAUAAAAAAGCCGUGGAUCAAAAUUCAAUUAGCAGAUCAUGAAGACAAAUAUCGAACUGAAAAAAUGGAGUCUUUUGAAAGAAAGAAUCGUGGAAUAGAUGCAAGUGAGAAUCUGUACUCUUGUUUGGUUUGUCAACAUUUCAAAUGUUCCACUAAAGAUGUAAUAGAAAAUCACAUUGAAAAGCAUAUAAAUAAAGCUUUGGAAUGUGACAAUUGUCAGUAUAUUGGUUACUGUAAAGCAGACUUACGUGAACAUAGAAUAAAAUGCUGUAAUAUUGUAAAGGCGUUGUUUGUAUGCGAAAUUUGUGGUACUUCUGCUCAUUCAAUUGAAAGUAAGAGGAACCACAUGGGGAGAGUUCAUGAUGUUCCUGAAUGGAGAUGCCGAUUUUGUCCUGACCUGUCCAAAAGUGUAGGUGAUAGAUUAGAUCAUAUGAGGAAGGUUCAUCCAGAGCUUUGCCAAUACUGUGUGGCCUGUAAACAAAGUAAAUAUCAAUUAAAGAAGGAGGAGUUUGAGCACCAUAAGAAGAAUUGUGCCUCAAAGGAGCAGUGUGAGAUAUGUGGACAGCUUAUCACAUUAGGUGGUAUGAAUAAACAUGUUCAUGAUAAACACGAAAAUGUAAGAAAAUAUCAGUGCGAAAAGUGCCCGUAUGCUGCCAAAUCAUUUAAAAGAUUGAAAACACAUCUCUACAGCCAUGACAAUAUACACCCCUUUAGUUGCGACCAGUGCACUUUCACAUGUGUUCAAAAAUACCAGCUGGUUUCACACAUGCGAACACAUACAGGAGAAAAACCGUACAAAUGUACACAGUGUAAAUAUGCUGCAGCUUGGAAUGUUCAACUGAAGGAACAUGUCAAAGUUCAUGCGAUGGAUACAGCCAUCAUGUGUGAGAAAUGUGAGGUUAUGUUUAAAAAUGAAAAGACGCGGAAUAUUCAUCUGAAGAAAAGACAGUGUGUAGCAUGAUAUUGUUAAGAAUUAGUAUCUAGAUCAUAUAGAUUUUGACAAUUACUAGUAUUCAUAGUGCAGAUCUUGCUUCAAGGAAAGUGUUGUUUUUUUUACUGUACAGUUUACUAAAAUGAUUUUGAUUGUCCUUUUAGUAAAUUUGAAGUAAAUUUCCCCCUGAUCUGCUGCGUAUUGUUAAAAUUACGAUUGUCUAAUUUUUGUCUUUUUCCUUUGAAAAUUGCAAUUAUGCAGGAAAUAUGAGUAAAAUUUGAAUUAUUUAAUUCAAUGCGUUAAAAGCAAGUAUUUGCUUGAAUACAUUUAAACGGGUAAAAUUCAGUAAUACUAUCUCUAAAUUGAAGGAAUACGAGUUGUGAUGUAAAACGUUCCUUGUCUAGUUGUGAUAGUCGAUCCACCUCUCUAAUUAGAACAAAAUACUUGAUCUUGAAGCUGUUUGGUAAGAGGUGUCCAAUAUUAAAAAAUCAAUAAUUUGAGUCACAUUUUCUUCCAAUUCCACAAGUGUUGAUUUAAAUCUAGAAAUGCAGUUAAAGAUCAACGUUUAAGAUAUAAUUGGUGUGCACCACAGGUUCCCUUUCAAAAUUGGGGCAAUAAGGAAGAGUGAUAUAAUUGGUGUACCUCAGGUUCCCUUUAAUAAUUAGGGCAAUAAGGAAAGGUGAUAUAAUUGGUGUACAGCAGGUUCCCUCUCAAAAUUGGGGCAAUAAGAGAGUGGUAUAAUUGGUGUACCAUAGGUUCCCAGUCAAAAUUAAGGCAAUAAGGGAGAGUGGAGUGACAAAGAUUGUGUUUGAUUGCUGUAUAGAAUUUAAGACACUUUGCUAAAUGAUGUGCUCUCCUAUAUUUUUAUUUUUUUUCUCAUAUAAAUUAAAAUAAGAUAUGGAUGUGCUUCUCAUAAUGUUCGUUUUUUGCAAAGAGGAUAUAUUACACAUUCUUCUAUAUGAUCUGCGUUUUUCCAUAUUGAACAUACAUAGAAAGACUGAAGGUGUGCGUAUAUAUGCUACGCCCUCGUGAUAUAAUUCCUUGCAUUUGAACUCCAAACAGUGAUUUUAUUAAGUGACAAAAUCAGUUUUUGGGAUACAUGUCUAUUAUUUCUUAAAGGUAGUGUUGGUAAUAUGAACUUUUAAUACAUUUUAUUGAGUCUAUGGAUUAAUUCUGGAUCAUCCCUCCUAUUUCUUUGACUGCAUAUACCAUAAGGUAAUUUAGUAGAAUUCACUAUGAUAAUUAUCAUGUUGGAAGUACAUGUAUAUUUAAAGCUUAUUUUAUUAUAGAUUGGAUCUUAUAUUUUAUUUUAGUUUAAAGCUUCUAUUACUGUAUAUGACAGGAUACUAUUCAAAUGUUUUUUGUUUUGAGUUUUAAUUGACUAGAUAGUAGUAUUUUAUACAAAUAAGUAUACAAGGUAUGUAUUUUUAUGGAUUGUCUAAUGAUAUAGAAAUAAACCAUCAAAACCAUAUUAUUAUUUUAUUUUUUUAAGUCUUACUUAAAGAUACACUUGCUCAUGAAAAUAUUGAUAAUUGUUACUCUGUCUCUUUGUUUUGUUUUAGACUACACACUGUAGGUGGACACAAUAUGAAUAUACAGUGCCAUUUAAA